AUGGACCCCAGUUUCUAUGUCAUUGAUCCUGAAGGUGACCUUCUCCUUUAUGUGGAGGAGUGCCUAGGCCAACUUCAUGUGAGCGUCUUCAGGACUACAGAGACGUACACUCCACUCUCAACCCCCAGGACCUUAUUAGCGAAUGAGGGCCUUUCUGACGAUAUUGCCAAUACCGUCAUGUUUUCAUCGGAUGCGCCUGAAAUGCAAUUCGAUCCUUCUUCUCUAUUAGGUCUUCAACAAGAUGACGGUGUCCGAGUCUUCAAAUUGCGAGUGUUGAUAUCCUCGAAACAUCUAACUCUAGUGUCCAAAUUCUUCCGCACCAAACUCGAGGCAAUGCUGGACCUCGGCGAGAGCGACAUCCUUCCUUCCUGUGCCAAUGAAGUGGACGCGCUACUCGUCCUCCUGGAUGUCUUGCAUUGCCAGACGCGCAAGGUACCGCGAUUCCUCGCUCCGGAUAUGCUGUUCAUGGUUGCGGUGCUGGCGGACCACUACCGGUGCAUCGAGGCUGUCGAGGCCUUCUCCGAAGUAUGGAUCGAGAAUUUGAAGAAAGAGGUACCGACUGGGUACACGGCGGACUUGACAAAGUGGAUCUUCAUUGCUUGGAUCUUUCGUGACCAAAAUCUCUUCGAGUUGACCACGGGAAUCGCCGUGCGAGAAAGCAUCGGUCCCUUGUCUGAUUUGCCCACGCCGAUGAUUCCCGGCAGCUUACUGAGGACCAUCGAGAAGUCACGCCAGGACUCUAUCGGCUAUAUUAUCCAAAUCAUUUAUCGACGCCUAGAGACCCUUGUGCAUCACGGAUGCUGUGAUGACUGCGACCGACUGAUCGCUGGAACUCUCGUUCGACAACUGCAGAUGCACCAGCUCUAUCCCCGACCUACAGCUCCAUUCCAUGGCUAUAACGUGGACCUGCUGGUUCGUUUCAUCAACACAAUCCCCGAGCCUCGGUGCAACGUAUUAAUUCAUCCUGUCAACGGCUGUCUAUCGAAUUGUGUGUUGCUACCCGAGCUCGACCAUGUCUUCUUCGACACUCUGGAGAAUAAUAUGACUGGGAUGACAGCUACCGAAUUUCCUCUGAGGGUAGAGUGAAACAUGCAGGAUUAGAGGUGCUGGCAGCCAUAGGUGCUUUUUGUUCUGUUUGUUCUUGUUUCUUCCAUGCAAACCCUCAUGGUUAUCUUUCUCGGUGCUCUCGUUAAUAUUUUUGUCAGAAUAAGAACCGUCUGGACAUUGCACGUAAAAGCGCAACAGAGUGCCAUGGAAUCCUUCUAGUU